GCAGGGGAGGAGGAGAGAGAGGAGAGGGAGCGCGGCAGCCGCGGCUCGCAGCACACGCUCCUGCCUCCAAACCGAGCGCACGCACCGCGGGAAAGUUGGAGCGAGUGCAGCCACUGAAGCCUCCCUCACGCUCAGGGGCUGUGAGAAAGCAGCGCCUUUCCCAGGUUGUCUUCAGGAGACGGCAAAGCUCUGUCCCUGCUGGAGCACUGCUGACCACUGUCACCAACCAAACAUGCAGAGGGGCAUGAGAGUCCACAGGACCUGACCCAAUGGUCUCUCCAAGGAAAGGAGAAGGCAAGAAAGGAAAAGAAGCUGUUGAGAUCCACCAGCAGCUGCCACAGGGCAUCAGCUCCAGUACUGAGCUCCCAGAGGGGGCCAACAGGCACAAAUGAGUUGCAGUGCCACAUCUCUCCUAGGCUGUGUCAUUCCCAGCACACAAGGCUGAACAUGUAAAGUGACUCUGCAAUGUUCUCCAAGGUCACUGUACAACAAGGGUCACUUUGGGAAGGGCUCUAGCCUGGUAGAGGCUCAUUCCAAGCAGCUUUGGAGCUGAUGAGGGCAGAACUGCUCCAUCCUUGCAGUGACACCAUGGAUCCAUGUUACAACCACACAAGCUCUCAAAAAAGGAUGGAGUUCUCCCUGCAGGUGCUGGUCGGGGUCUGCCUGGCCACCCUCAUCUUGAUCAUUGUCUGUGGUAACAUCAUUGUCUGCCUGGCCGUCACCCUGGACCGCCGGCUGCGCAGCUUGACCAACUGCAUCAUCGUCUCCCUGGCCAUCACAGACCUGCUGCUGGGCCUUCUGGUGGUGCCCUUCUCUGCUCUCUAUGAACUCUCCGGGGAGUGGCCCUUCAGCAGCGCUUUUUGCAAUGUCUACACCAGCCUGGACGUCAUGCUGUGCACGGCCUCCAUCCUCAACCUCCUCCUGAUCAGCCUGGAUCGCUACUUCGCCGUCACCACCCCGCUCCGCUACUGCCAGGUGGUCACGCCCUCCCGGGUGGCCGUGGGUCUGGCUGUCAUUUGGGCUGUUUCGCUGAUGGUCUCCUUCCUCCCCAUCCACCUGGGCUGGAACACCAAUGGGACAGCGGUGCAAAACACGGGCCCCGCCUGCAACAAGGAGUGCACGCUGGCGGUGAACCUCGUGUACGGGUUACUGGAUGCCUUUCUUACCUUCUACAUCCCUCUGGUCAUCAUGUGCGUCACCUACUACCGGAUACUCAAGAUAGCGAGGGAACAAGCCAAGAGGAUAAACCACACGUGGGGCAACACGCCCACGCCGCCCAUGGUGAAGGAGCACAAAGCCACCGUGACGCUGGCGGUGGUGCUGGGAGCCUUCAUCGUGUGCUGGUUCCCCUAUUUCACCGUGUUCACCUACCGGGGCGUGUGGGGGGACAGCGGGGUCAAAGGCACACCCAUGUCCAUUGUUCUGUGGCUGGGCUAUGCCAACUCAGCCCUGAACCCCAUCCUCUACGGGACGCUCAACAGGGAUUUCCGAGUGGCAUACCAGCACUUGCUGUGCUGCAGGAGGACGGGACACACCAGGAAUUGCCACCUGCCUCCCUUCCAGGUGGCCCAGCCCAGAGGCAGGCAGGGCCAGGGCAGGCAGGAGGGUAAACCCUUGAAACUGGAGGUGAGGAAUGAAAAGGGGACCCUGCUCACCGAUGGAACCCUCAAGAGCACUGGAGCUUUUCUGUGAGUCUCAGCCAGCCUGCUGCCCUAGGACCCACAUCUCCCAGCCUUCAGCUCCUGGCUGCCUCUUCCAAAAUCCUGUGUGUGAGGUUGAAAGGACAACACUCAGCUUUCCUCAGUGCGAAACUCAACAGCAGAGGCGAGAGCUGCAAGGCAUCCCUUCCUGAUGGUACUUGGUGCAAAGGGUGAUACCAUCAGAGAUGCAUCCUCACUCCUUUGUCCAUCACUGGUUGCUUCCCAACCAAGUUGGAAGCCCAGGGGAGGUGGACAGAGCUGGGCUCCCCUCCGUGGCUGCCCUGGAGUUUUGGGAUUAUAGAAACAGCCUGAAAUGCCCUGGAAGAUGCUGCAUCCUGCCUGUCCCUCAUGCACUGCAGAGGCAGCUGCGUUCAGACCAAGGAUUUCCAGCACACUUCAUUUUCAUGCAAGCCUACAUCCACAUAAAUUGCCAGCAGCUUUGGCGGAGAUGCUGGCAGGGCUCCCGAGGAUCCCUGCUCUGGCACGUGGCAUUUACUCCAUCCCCAGGCACUGCUGGAGAGGUGUCUGCCCGCCCAGGUUCCUUCCCAGGAGGGAGGUGUGUUAGAAGAGCCCUCAGAGGAGCUGCAGAAGAACAUCUCCCCUGUCC